CAAAUUGGUAUGUACACAGCUGAGUGCAGGAACACAAGGGUACAUUGCUAGGAGUAAGACACUACGGCUACAAUAUAGUUUUCUAGACCCGAAUGAAGUGUGAGUGCUGCGCAGGUCGACAUAUUUAUAUAUUUCACGAUGGCCGGUAGAGGAUGGAGUGCAGAGAUCUUCGUUGCCGAAUAUCGCGAUUUGCAGGCGACUGCCAUGGGUGUGGAUCGCACAGGCCAAUAUGCAAUCCUAGCUGGUCGAAAGCAGCUUGCCAUCGUUGACCUUGACGACCCUAUAGAGAAAGUGAGGCGCAUCGCGCGCCAUAGCAAGUACGAGGUGGGAGUUGUGCAGUGGAAUCCACAUGAGUCACACAGGGACCUUUUUGUCGUCGCAAGUAACCAGAGCGCAGAAAUCAGCUGCUGGCUCGCUGACAAGGUCGAGUCAAAGGGCAUGCUUAAAGGUCACACCAGGGUCAUCAGUGAUCUGGACUGGUCUUACUUUGAUGCAGACUGGGUUGCUACGUGUUCAGUCGACACAUAUAUAUAUUUAUGGGAUAUCAGGGACACAAGAAAACCGGCCGUGUCCUUAUCUGCAGUGGCGGGAGCAUCGCAGGUGAAGUGGAACAAGAAAUCGUGCAAUCUCAUCGCUACGGCACAUGAGAGCGAUGUCAGGAUCUGGGAUCAACGGAAAGGCACGACGCCGGUGCAGUACAUCGCGGCGCACCUCUCCAAGGUGCACGGCCUAGACUGGAGCCCGACUCAGGAGUGGUCGCUCGCAACGUCCAGCCAGGACUGCCAUGUCAAGCUGUGGGACGUCUGCAACCCACGCAAGCCCGAGAGCACCAUCUCAUCCGGCGCCCCCGUGUGGCGCGCUCGCUAUACGCCGUUUGGCGAGGGGCUGGUGACGGUGGUCGUACCGCAGCUACGACGCGGUGACAACAGCCUACUGCUGUGGAACAUCAACGACGUCAGCGUUCCCGUCCACACGUUCGUCGGACACCAGGACGUCAUCCUAGAGUUCCAGUGGAGGAAGCUGGGGGAUGAUUCAAAGGAUUUUCAUCUGGUCACCUGGUCGAAGGAUCAAAGCCUCAGGAUCUGGAACAUAGAUUCACACCUGCAAAAGACGUGUCGUCACGACCUGCUUAACGACUCCGGUAACGAGGCAGACGUCGACUCGGCCGUCGAGGCGAUGUCGAACACAUCGCGAGACGCCCCCCGCGAGCAGCCGCCCCCCGUUGCCACGGCGACGCGCGCGGCCGCCGCCGUUGCCACGGUGACGUCGCCGGGACAGACGCUGCAGCAGGAGUUCUCUCUCGUUAACAUGCAGAUUGACAACAUCAGCAUCGACAGCCACUAA